AAAUUGUAUAUAUAAGGCAUUCACACUCUUCUCAUAUUGUUUCAAAUCAUUCAGCUUUACUCAUAAUUAUUCAGUUCUCUCUUAAAUAUCCUUCUUCUUUCACUUAAUAAUUUUCCCAUAAAUUCAACAAUUCCAUGGCCUCUUCAAAGGUUGAAGUUGAAUCACCAGCCACUGAAGAUAUAGAAGAAAGUUUUGAGGUCCCUUCUGCCGUGGAAGAAAAAGUAGCCACGCCUGCUGAAGAAGCAGAAGUAGUUGUCCAUGAAGACGAUGAAGAAGAAGAAGAAGAAGUGAAGACUCCUUUGAAGGAGGAAAAUGAAGAAAAAGAAGUCGCAGCACCUCUGGUGGAAAAUGAAGAGGAUGAAGCUGAUGCUACUUUUGAUGAUGAUGAAGUUGAAGGUCACAAACUUGAGGAUUACUAGUCUUUGUUUAAUAUUUAUGAUAAGGCAUGUUGAACUACAUAUGUAUUUCACUUCUAUGCAUGCUUUUGAGUGCCUUUUUUUUUUUUUUUUUUUUUUUUUUUGGGAGUGGUUUUGAGUGUUUGUGAUUUCCUAAACAAAUAAUGCAUUUUAAUUACAUUUA